GAGGAAUUCAGAAUGUGGGUAGAAAUUUAUGUGAUUUGUGGAAAAAAUCCGGCUUAGUAUAAGAAUGUUUUGUUUUUCAAUGCACGAAAUAACAAAUAAUGAAUUUAUGAUGUAAAGUUUUCGAAAUAAUAUAGGAAACCCUUGAUUUGGGUUUACUUUCUAUCAAAAUGAUACCAUAAAUAGGCGAGAGUGCGCGGCAGGUGGAUUACUAUUUAUAAUUUGUGUUCUCAUUCUUGUAGUGCUGUCAAAUUGUGAUGUGAUGAAUGAAUAGUGCUCAGAAGUGUUAUUUAAAUAUGAAAUGCGUAUACAGGACUGUGAAAUAAUACCGACAAAAUGUGCAAACAUGACAGAGGAAAGCGAUUUCAAAUAUGGAAUGAAUGGUGGUAGCCCCUUGAAACAAGAUAAUACUGAUCACAAAACUAUUGCAUCUCCUGAUAGAGCGCCCACUGAUAAACUUUCACAAGUUUGUACGGGGGGUGGAAGACUUAAAUUCUUUAAAGAUGGUAAAUUCAUAUUGGAAUUGGAGAGAGCAAGAGCGGGAUGGGUAUCUGUGCCACGUAAAACGUUUUGGCCUCCACCAGCUCCUGCAAAUAUUCCAGGAUCCAGAUUGGAGGGUUCAACCUCUCUCAGUGUGUCAGAUGACAAUAGCUCUAUUCAAUCAUCCCCUUGGCAACGAGAUCACUGUUGGAAGCAGACUUCACCUCAGAGAUCCAGUUCACAAGAAACUUCAUUUUUGUAUAAGCGUCUUAAAGGAAUUAGAUUUGCACAUCACUUAAGUUUCCGAAAACGACGUCGUCCAUUCGAUACAUCUAUGAAUGAUGCAAAGUGUUAUACUAGUAAUGGCAUAUCAUCAAAUCCUUCAAAUAGAAUUUUUCGGAAACCUGGUAUAUUGGCAAACAUUAUACAAAGAUUGUGGGAUCGGAAUGGAGCUAGUAUCAAGCAAAUCAAACAAACAGUUUCAAUAGACCAGCAUGCAGCUAUGGUAUCUCCCAGGAAACGAAUUUUGCGUGAGCUUGAAAGAGUUACUUUGGAUGACCUAUAUAAUAAACGAAGGGCCAAAGUUGCCCAAGCAACAUCAACAGCACAAGUUGCUGCAACCUCUGCAUCAACAGGUGUUGUGCAUCAGAAUGGUAGUGUUGCAGCAACAACAGCGGUAACCACAAUGGCCCCAACACAAACUUCAUCAAAGACUUGUAGUUACAGUAUUGAUUCAUUGCUUGGCAAUAAUUCAACAGAUACCACUGAUUCAAAUAAAAACAAAUCUAGUGUUACACAUCAAAGAUAUCAAGCAGCCCCUUUACCUGUACAUUUCUCAACAUAUUAUAAUCCCUUGGGACACAUGUAUCCUACGUAUCCACCAAGGUAUGCUCCUCUAUGGUCACAAUAUCAUCCAUCUCUGAUGAAUAGUUAUGCAGGAACUAUUGCUCCUCCAAUUUGGGCACAUUCUAGUACCCAGCAUAGAAAUGCACCAGCUGCUGGAGUGCCGCCUCCUGCACAUGCAGAAACAAGCAAUGUGGAGGAAGAUGUUCCAUUAAACUUAUCCAAAAAUAGCAGAUGAAGACAUAUAUAUUCAACUGCCUGGUCAUAUAAAGCAUCUGCUGGUUUAUCAAAUUUCUGGUAGUUCCAAUGAUUCAUUACUUGAAUUUCUUUGACUGCCUGGAUGUAUAUAAAGUAACUCUCCGUACAUUGUUAAUAACAACUAUAGUGGAAUAUUGGUGAACAAUUAUUAGUUCUAAAAAUUGAUUGGAUAAUACAAAUAUAUGACUGUUUUAAAUAUCCUAAUCAUAUAUUCCACUGAUUUAUUAAAAUCAUCUAGUAUAAGUAUACAGAAACAAGAACUGAAAAUUACAAUUAGAUAUAUUUUAAAUAAAUAAAUGACUAUUUUGUAGGAUUUUUUCGCAUUAUUUCUAAAAGAAACAAACAUAUGUAUAUUAAAUGCACAAAGCUAAGUCAUUGGUUUUAUGCUAAAAAUCUAUUUUUUCAAGAUGUACAGAAACACACAGACACAUGCUAUAUAUAUUACAAUUAUAAUAGAUGCCCCAAACCCACAUGCAAUUGACUGUUAUUUACUAUUAGAUUUUCAUACUUAUUUAUUUAACAAAACGCUCUUUUCCAAUUCCUCCUCGUGUUUAAUUAUCAGCAUGACAUUAAACAUCAAUGGAUUUUGAAAUAGUAAAUAAUAUAUUUCAGUCAUUUCAUAAAUAAUCAACAGGCAAACUAUAAAUCACACAAAGGGUUGCGAUAAUUUAAUAGUUUUGCUUGAAUAUAAUGUACAUAUAUAAUUCCAUAACAAAUUUUUUAAAAUAUCUAUUAACACAAACCAACUAUUAAAUCGACCAUUUAAAUAAGUCAAUUAGAAAAAUUGAAUA